AUGCAAGGUGGCAGCGAUCCAUGUAAAGAAGAACAACAAUUGAAGAGGGCAUGCGUCCAGUGCAAAACAAGAAAGAAGAAGUGUAGCGGUCAGCUUCCGUGCUCUUACUGUAUAAAGAUAGACAAGCCACAACUUUGCGAGUAUCGGGCACGACGCAGUUCUAAAAGAAUCAACGUCACAGUUCGAUAUGUGCAAUCGCUCAAGGCACGAAUCCAUGAGCUGGAACAGCAGCUGGAGCAAAAGAAGACCACAGAAGACUUCCCAUUGGAGAAGUUGGAAACUACCACCACUUCAAGAAACCCACUUAUAGAAAAUGAGGACAGUGACGAUUUGAAUUUGUCUGAUGUCAAGAACGUUUCCGAUCCGGUUUACGUGCAACGUCUUGAACACCAAAACGACAAACUUGAAAGACCGUAUACCGGCUACUCUUCCUGCGCCAAGUUUUUGCAGAAAGUCAGUGAAUCGAUAGUGGGGCAAAACACAUCGCUCCCCUGGAGCAACGAAGCGUCAGCAGCAGCUAAAAUGCUUGCAGCAGACUGCUUACAAGUCAGAAGCGGAUUCCAUGAAAUUAAUCAAAUGGCUACAGACCGGCUGCCAACAAUUGCACAAGCUCUUAGACUUCUAAGCGUAGCCGAUGAAACCAUUGGCGCUGACUACAUGUAUCUCGAUCCCGACUACGCAACCCGCAUAUUGGAACCCAUCAUUUACGCAACAAGUGUUCCAGCAGACGAAGAAGAAAUAAUUCGCUAUGUUACUGAAAUGUCCCGUUUCUACAGCUAUCUUGCACUUGGAUCUCUCUUUGACCGUGGCAAUACCAGACCUCGAUUACCUGGCUUACUGUAUUUCGAAACGGGAGUCUCUUUGCAAGGCUUUCUGCAGAAAGCAUAUGAUCAGGCUACAAGUAGUUCCUUGAUACAAACACAGCUUUAUCUCACAUUUUACUCGCUAUCGCUGAACAAGAUGUCCUUUGCAUUCAACAUGAUCGGAAUUGCAAUCCGCAUGGCCUUCUCACUUGGAUUUCAUGAAAUGACAGGAACUCUUGAUCAGAAUCGAACCUUCUGGCUCUGUUUUGUCUACGACAGGCUAAUUUCUAUCAGAAAAGGGCUGCCAUUCAUGAUCGAAGAGUCUGAAAUCAAGAUACCAUUUUUAGACGCAGCAGACGAGACCUCAGAAUCGAUAUCGUUAAGAAAAUUCUAUCUGGCAGCACACGUCGGACUGGCAAAAAUCACUACCAAUAUCAUAAGGAAAAUAUACACCAGAAACUCUAGUUCGUUUGUCCAAAACUGCUGCGACAUUUUGUGCAAUCUGCAGAGUUGGCGCAGCAACCUUCCAGGCACACUCAAGUUGGAUCAUGAAAAGAUAGAAGGUUGGGAGACGAGAUCUAUAUUCAAUCUCCACAUCAACUAUAACUACUCUUUGAUUGUGACUACGCGGCCGGUGUUGUUUUAUGUGUUCCAGAAAUCUUUGAAUGAUGAUGGAAAGCGUUGUCUGGAUUCAGACAAGCUGUCGGGCGUUGUCUCUAACCUAGUUGACGCCUGCACCAAAGCAGCAGAAAUCCAGAGUCGUAUCCUAACUAAGUUGUUUCACGAUCAAAAGUUUGCAGUAUGCUCGUUCUUGGAUUGCCAUUUUAUUUUCAACGCUACAGUGAUUCUCAUACUACGAGCAUACUGUCAGUCAAUCCCAACUUUCGAGAUCAGGUACCAAUCUGAUGCGACUGCACUAUUUGAUUUGAUACAACUCAAUCUGAAGGUCUUAUCAUCUCUAUCAGAGCACAACGUUGCUGCCUCGCAUUUCAACGAAAAGCUGACUGACCUUUUGAAGUUAUUGAGAUCGAAAGGUGCAUUUGCUGAUGUCCUUUCCACCAAACCCAGAAAUAAUGCAAACUCUUCAGACAGAUCACAGGAAGAUAAUUUUGACAUUCUCUGGGAGGAUGAAGCUGUGUUUGAAGACAGAUUUAUCGAUACAUUCGAGAUCGUUGACAUUGCGCAAGUUUUGAAUGGCAUUGAGAACCAGGGUUACGUUGGUACUGAAAAUCCUUUUCUAUUUGAGGACAAUGACUUCCUGAGAUCUUUGGAUUCGCUCUGA